AUGUCUCGUUCCCGCCAUGCAAAGCCUUCCAAACCAGUCAGGACAGAUCUACACAUAAAGAAAAGCAGCCACAAGGAGAAGACGUUAAAGCAGGCUGUCAAACAUGGGGCUUUAGGGAAGGCGAUAACCCCCGGAAGACUCAAGCAAUUAAUUCAAGGAAGAGAUGGUAAGAAAGAAACAGAGGUUAAAACCCCCACACCGACCAGAAGCCUUCUGACCAGAGCUGGGGCAGCCCGAAUGAAUCAGGAUAAAACCCAAGUCCUUUUUCAGAAUCCAGAGUCCUUAACUUGUAACGGGUUUACGAUGGCUCUCCGAAGGACCUCUCUUAGCAGGCGACUCUCCCAGUGCCCAGUACUUACACCCAAGCCUAAGAAAGUACCGCCUUCUAAGAAGCAGCAGUGUAGUCAGGAUACCCAGGAUGAGAGGGUGGUAACGCACUCAGAAAAUGAUUCAGUCCCCAGCCAAGACCCUAGCACAUUCCCAGACACAGAGAACCUAACUGGUGAACAGAGCAUGUGUCUAGCUGAAGGUGAGAUCCAAGAGCUUCCCCAGUCUUGGCCUCAAAGGGCAGAAGAAGAUUCCCAAAGCUAUACUUCCACCUGUGGGAGUCCUGCAACAGAUAUCCUUUCUGGGCCACCUGAAGGGACACACUGUGAAGGGCUACUCCCGAGUCAGUCAUCCGAUGAUGGUGGUAUUUCCCCUCAGGAGUGCCCGCCUUUGCCCCAAAGAUCAGCUCCCGAAGCCACCUCUCAGAAAAACAUCAGCAGUCAGUUUGGAGACUUGGAGUCCCAAGUAGACUCUCUUAAGCUAUCAAAUCCUCCGAACCCCAUGGGAAGUGAACAUAGUUGCUUUCCCACCUCCAGUUUUAAGAUCCUCCCUGAAUUGGACCUUAAGAACUGCACGUCUCUUGAUGGGUCUAUCUAUCCCGCAGCUCUGGUAAAAUUCCUCUUGGCAGGCACACAGCCAGAUACCUUUGGUGCUAAACUCCAAGAAGAAACCCUCAAAACUAACCCAGAUCCAGGGGGCUGCUACCCAGAUCAAUUUCUGGACGCCACCUCUGUCCUAGGACAGGCUUUCAGUACUCUCUCUCCUCAGUGGGGAUUUCCUGGUGCUAACUUAGUUCCUGGUGAGGCCCUGGGCAAGGUCUCCGACUCACCGGAGGAUCUUGGUGCUAUUACUCUGCCAAAACAGCAAGAAACUAUGAAUGUGGAUGUGGGAGCUUCCCCAGACCUACCUGUCUUCCUUCCUAAGCUUCCAAACACAGUUGCUACCUACAAUACUCCCGGGCCCCAGCCCCACAGCUAUGCCUCCUGUGGGUUUGAGGUCCAAGGUGCUAAACCUUUAACUCUGGACUCAGGACAUGCUCCCCAACCCCCACCGAACUCUGAGUUAAGUUCAAUACCUCCAGCAAUAGCUGCAAACAGUCUCGGAAAUGAGAAGCAGUUUUGUGCGAGCCCUUUGCCGGCUAACACACAAGGGUUUGCAACGGCCCUUGAAAAUGGACUCCAGCAUGCGCCGGUGGAUCUUACCCAGCGCUCUCAGGCUGCUCCCAGCAAAUUGGAAGGAGGGAUUUCUCAGGUCAACUUGACCAGCUCAGCUGAUGUCAAAACCACAGGGAUGCCUCUACCAGUGUCACAGGCCAGUGCCGCCUCCUCUCUUUCACGGAAGUCUACGCCGCCAACUGGGGAGAAAAGGAAACGCAAGCCCUGCGGCGUCUGCGAGCCCUGCCAGCAGAAGACCAACUGUGGCGAGUGUACCUACUGCAAGAACAGAAAGAACAGCCACCAGAUCUGUAAGAAGAGGAAAUGUGAGGUGCUCAAAAAGAGGCCGGUCAGCACCUCACAGGUACAGGUUACAAAAGAAAACAAGAGGCCCCAGAGGGAAAAGAAGUCCAAAGUUUCCAAGGCUGCCUUUAACAUCAAACCAGUAAAUGGCCCCCAAUCAGAGUCCAUGGAAUACAGUCAAUGUGGUCAUGGGGAAGGAGAGCAGAGAGUGGAUUUGAUCACACAUGCCCUUGAAAAUGUAGGGAAAAAUGCAGAAAACAUGACAGGCGUCGAGGUGGAGAAAUGGACGCCAAGCCAGAAAUCACACCUGGCAGGUCAAGUCAAGGGAGGCCUCGAUGCAAAUUUCACUGAGGUUGAAAAUUCCCCACCCCCCGAAGAUGUCAAGCAGCAAACCCAACCGUCCCCAAUGUUUGCUCCGACUGUAAGAAACGGCAUGAAAAAUGUGCACUGUUUACCUACCGACACCAACCUGCCAGUCAAUAAGUUGGAUCUUGAAGAAAUUAGCAAGGUAUUGGGAAAUGAUUCCUCUAAAUUGCUGACUGACCCCUCAAACUGCAAUGAUGCCAUGAACGCCGCCAUCACUUCCGCUGGGAGUUGUGAUCAUCUCAAGGGGACGAGUAACAUCUUGCUCUUCCAGAAGCCCGGCUUGACCUGCAGAUCUGGUGCAGACUCCACCAUCUUUAAUAACCACCCUAAUACACACAGUGCUGGUAGUCAACUCCAAACCCCCGAGAAGGUACCUAGUAAAGAACCAAAAGAUGACUCUCCAGUUCAGCCAAGCCUUCUGUCUCUCAUGAAAGACAGGAGGUUAACACUGGAACAAGUCGUGGCCAUAGAAGCCCUUACUCAGCUCUCAGAAGCUCCAUCCGAGAAUUCCUCGCCAUCGAAGUCAGAGAAGGAUGAAGAAACAGAUCAGAGAACGGCUAGUCUGCUUAACAGUUGCAAGGCUAUCCUCCAUUCUGUGAGAAAAGACCUCCAAGACCCAAACUUACAGGGGAAGUGUCCUCAGCACCAGGACACUGUCGUCUUCAAUGGCCAGAACUCAGUGUUCAAGUUGCCUGAUAGUUCAGCUAUCCAAGCACUUGUAAAGGCACAUGAACAGCCGGAUUCACGUACAGCUGAUAGGAAAUGCAUUGCUGGAGGCAAGCUUACCCUUGAUAGUUCUAAGAAUUCAUACCCACUGCCAGUAGAAAGUCAUGAUCCAGAAAACUGCACUCAGGCACUGAACAGCGAUCAAAAGUUGAAGUCCCAGCAUGACCCACCAUGCCAGGAUGCUCCGUACAGUCAAAUUGAAGAAGAUGUCGCCGCACAAUUAACCCAGCUUGCAUCCGCAAUUAAUUGCAAUCGCCCAAGCCCAUAGUGGAGAAAGUUGGAAGUAACACCAGGGAGCCUUGCUGCAAAGAAUGUCCAUCAAAAACAUAGCCAGGAGAAAGGCAUGGUCCAAAAGAAACCACCUUCAAGUAUACAAAACAAACCUAGCGUACCACCAGCAAAGCCAAAGAAGGACCCGGAAAAAAAGCAAAAACCAACCCCCAAAGCAGACAAACGGAAAAAGGAGCCCCCAGUCCCUAGCUCUCAAGAAAAUGAUCAGAAGAAGCAGGAGCAACUUGCCACUCAGUAUAGUAAGAUGUGUGACAUUUGGAUGUCAUCUAAAUUUCAAAGAUUUGGCCAUUCUGGUCCACAUGAUGUUCCUCUCCUGUUGGGAGCUAUUCCUACCAUUGAUCACAUAUCAGCACCGAUGGCUCCUUACAGCAUAUCCUUACAACACAAUACUUUUUUCUCUCCUCUCAGUCAGAUAACAUUCACAAGACACUCUGAAUUGGCAAAGGAGAAAGUGAAAGUCGAGCCACCGGAUUCUCUACCAACAUGCCAAUUCAAGACGGAAUCCAGCGGGCAGGCAAUUGCAGAGCCGGUAGAUAAUUCUCAGGUCCAGCCCACGGUGAAUGUCCAUGAGAACAAUGCUCACCCUCUGCCCCAGCCCUCCUCUCCAUCUAUCCAGUGUGCUAACAUGACGCCUGGUGCUACUGAGACACAAUCUCAUCUAGGCACUCAAGAGAACCUGGUGCACCAGAUACCACCAACGUUGCCUGGUACUACGCCUUUGCUAAACCCAAUAACCAGCUCCGAGAGAGGGACUUUGUUGAUUGUAAAUCAAAUCUCAGAUGGGACCGUGAAGCAUGAAGCAGAGGCAUCAAGUGACGGACCACUGGGUGACUCCGCCACCCCCAGGGCACAGGAAGAACUGAAUAAGAGCAAGACCUUGCUUAGCGAGCCUGUCAAGGUACUGCUAGCCGGAGUGAGUGACUCAGAAGAGCCAACCUGUCACUGUAAUGAUGGAGGUACACAAAAAGACAAAGGCCCAUAUUACACACACCUGGGGGCAGGACCAAGUGUUGCCGCCAUCAGGGAGCUGAUGGAGACUAGGUUUGGCCAAAAGGGAAAGGCCGUCCGGCUUGAGAAGAUAGAGUACACGGGGAAAGAAGGGAAGAGCUCCCAGGGCUGCCCCAUCGCCAAGUCUGUGCUUAGGAGAAGCGGUCCUGAUGAGAAGGUUCUCUGCUUGGUCCGGGUGCGUGUAGGCCACACCUGUCAGACAGCUGUGAUGAUCGUGGUUAUCAUGCUGUGGGAAAUCAUCUCUCGCCCGAUGGCUGACUAUCUGUACAAAGAGCUCACGGAGAACUUACGGUCCUACAGCGGGCAUCCUACUGACCGAAGAUGUACCCUCAAUGAAAAUCGCACCUGUACCUGUCAAGGCCUCAAUCCGAGGACGUGUGGAGCAUCUUUCUCCUUUGGCUGUUCGUGGAGCAUGUAUUUCAAUGGCUGUAAGUUUGGCAGAAGCCGAAACCCCAGAAAAUUCAGACUUGCUCCAAACCAUCCAUUAAACAGCUACUACAAGAGAAUUACUGGAGUGCGUUUUGUCAAAAGAAGACGCGUGAAGCCCGUGAGACCCAGACGGAUGGUUCCAGAACACAAGGCCCUGGUGAGCAGAGAGUAGUCAAAGCUUGAAGACAUGUUACAGGGCUUGGCGACCAAUUUAGCUCCAAUUUAUAAGCAGAUGGCUCCGGUUGCUUAUCAAAAUCAGGUGGAAUAUGAAGAUGUUGCUGGGGACUGUCGAUUGGGUUAUAAGAAAGGCCGUCCUUUCUCUGGUGUGACCUGUUGCAUGGAUUUCUGUGCCCAUUCUCACAGGGACAUUCACAACAUGAAUAAUGGAAGCACUGUGGUUCUUACGUUGCUUCGAGAAGAUGGCCGAGACACGAAUAAUCCCAAGGAUGAGCAGCUCCAUGUCCUUCCACUACACCGGCUGGCAGACACGGAUGAAUUUGGCUCCCGGGAGGGGAUGGAGGAGAAGAUCCGCUCUGGGGCUGUCGAAAUCAUUAAGCCAACCAGGAAGAGGCAACGACGUUUCAACGAGCCUAUUCCUCGGUGUGGGAAGAGGCGGACCACAAUGAAGGAGCCAGACAAGAAACCAGCUGCGGCUGGAGUCAAAAGACAGAGGAGCUCCUCCAGUUCAGACAACACUAAAAACUGCUCAUCAGCCUCAUCUACGCCUCACCCGGUGAAGGAAGAAGACUCUCCAGACUUCUGUCCCACCCAGGCUCCCUCCGUGAAAACAGCUACCUGUACGUACAAUAAACCAGCCUCAGGCGGGUCCCCAGAAGCAAGUAGCGUUCCCCACUGCACAACGCCUUCUGGAACACACAGUGGUGCUAAUGCAGCUGCUGGCGAAUGCCCUGGCAUUGUCCAGCCUGGGGAGGUGGCUCCUCCUCCUCCCCCGUCUUUUCCCAGAGCAGAUGCCUCUGGUCUUGCUGAUCCGCUCACUAGUCCGUCUGAGCAGCUAACUUCUAAUCAGUCCCUCAGCUGUCCUCAGGAACCCGCUUCCGGUCAGGUGGAAGAUGCGCCGCGCUCUGGCGCCGAUGAGCCUCUCUCCGAUGACCUGUCCUCCGACGAGGAUAAUAAUAAUGCUCAGAUUGAUGAGUUCUGGUCGGACAGUGAGGAGGUCUACUUUGAUCCUAGCUAUGGUGGAGUGGCAAUAGCCCCCAUUCAUGGCUCGGUGCUGAUUGAAUGUGCCCGGAGAGAGCUUCACGCUACCACCUCUCUGAGUCAUCCCCAACGAGACUGUCCUUUACGUGUGGCCCUUGUAUUCUACCAGCACAAAAACCUGAAUAGGCCUAGGCAUGGUUUUGACCUCAACAGGAUUAAGUAUGAAUCCAGAGACUUAAAAAGAAAAAAGUCCUUCGACCGGGAGGGUCCUGAUUUAUUCCGCGAAGCCAAUUUACUGUGCAAAAUUCCCUCCCGUGUUGCGCCAACCUUAACCCGCGACAACAUUGUCACUGUGUCCUCUUACGCUCUCACUCACGUUGCAGGACCCUACAAGGACUGGGCCUGAAGGCUUUCCUCCCAUAAUGCCUUUGCUGGUGCCGUGUAGUCUCUACGGUGCUGUUCAAAAGAAAGUCUCAUUGUUGUUUACUGUAUAAUUUCACCCAUUUCAGCUCGGAGGUAAAAUUUAAAAAGCAGGGGAGUGCUUAACUGUGACUAUAUUUUGAGAAUCAGUGGAAGGUAUACAUUUUCAGCAAAAAUGCAAGUUUUAUAGUUUAAAGACGUAAGGAAAUAUCUUGGUUAGGUGUUGACCAUGAUAGAAUCGUAGUUCGGUGCUUCAAAUUAAGCUUGUUUACUAUGAAGAGGAUUUUAACAGGUUCCUGCAAUAAGAUGUAAAAACCAAGAUACACAGUGUUCACUCUAUUCAGUUCCUGGUGCUUAACCACAUCAAUACGUGUAGUAAUGAGCUGAAUGAUUCAUGGUGCCGUCCCUCCAGCAGCUUCCGGUCAUUGCUAUCAUGUCUGCACAUUUCUUUGAAAUAAACCAAUGAAAUGCUUUCUCUCUUAAAAUAUCUCUCCUGUAUAAAAUAAUUCUUUAUUCUAGUGAUGGUUGGAGGCUGUUCGUUAACUGUAAAUAUAUCUAUUUUGAAAAGCACUUUCUAUUUUUAAAAGUAACUUGAAAUAGUAUAGUAGCAGAAUCCUAUGUCUAUUAUGUAUGCAUAUUUGCAUACCAGAGAAGUCAUUUAUUUGUGUAGAGUUCCAUACUGUUAAGUGCAGCCUAUAUUCAAAUAAUCUAUGACUUACAUUCUCUACUUAUAAAAUAGAGGAUCUCCAAAAAAUUAAAUACAAAGUGCCACCAAUAUCAAUUUCCCCUUUUUAACUAGAAGGAAAAAAAAAAGUGUUCUGAAGUGUCUUCAUGACAGAUGUUUUCAAAGGGAGAAGGGACAAAUUGGAAUCAAUAAAAGCUCCCAGUGUUUCAACAUGAGGAAGUAGAUAUUUUAGUUUUUCUUCCCAAAUGAGAAGAAAAUAUCCUGUAGAAAUAAUUGAGGGGGAAAAUCUAUUACCUUUAUUGCUUCUAGGCCAGAGUCACAUGGAAAAAUUUGUACUGUAAGCCAAUUAAGAGCCUAACUAUUCAUUACACUUAACCUCUUGGGUUUAGGUUACUGAUAAUUUAUUUGGCAACUCCAACUUCUUUAGUAAUCCCCUAUUUUGAAGGUCGUUCUGAUUAGUGUUCCAAGGUUCUUCUCACUAUUUAAGAAAGACUCCCCUAACAAGAACCCUAGAACUAAGAGAACUUUCAGUGAAAUCCCAAUGCACAGGUGCUAUGACAUUGAAGGUAUUGGAUUCUUCGGAAGUACAGGAACCCUAAUGGUGCUUCUCAGUUUCCACAGGAAGCCCACAACUACUACCACAAUCUUGGUGCAAAUGCAAACAGUUCCCGCAAGCUCUCUAGAGAAUAACUUAUUAAAAUAAUAUAUGGUGCAAAAGUUCUGACUAAGGAAGAAGAAGGGAAUAGGAAGUGUCCACUGACAUUCCAUUAUUUACAAGUAGAUUCAUGCUCCUUGAAUAUAUACAGUAGGGUAAUCUGUCGACCUGAUUUAGUGUUUUGUGUGCCUUAGAUUUCUGUUUAAAAACAUGUCUAUUUUAAGUCUAGGGUUUCUUACAUGUGUAAGUAUAUAAAUGUGAUUGUUUAUUGCUUCGGCUGCUUCAGUAAGGUAUUUGUUAGUGCAUACUAUCAGGAAUACUCCCUUGUGAAGUUACCUUUGAGGAUUUGGCCUUAGCUCCCACUAGAAAUUGUUUCCUUGCCAUGCUCACUCCUGGGUAAAAUCUCCUCCUGCCUUUAUUCAUCCAUUCAUCUACCCAUUUCUCCAAUGCACACUUAAUUGAAUUUCUGGAUUCGAUUUGAUUUUGUUUUUCCUUGAAUCACUUCCCAGGAUGCAAUCUUAUAUAGACUGCUUGGAAUUACUUUCUAAGGAAC